AUGCAGACACUCGCCGGCUCCUUCACCACACUCGUCAGUGAGCAAGCUCCGCCGCGUGUCGACUCAUGGCCGCCUAUAAAUCCUCCGCCCCCCGUUCUCACUCGCCUCUCGCACCGCUCGGGGCUCCUCUUCUACCUCGCUCUUGCGUGUUUCUUGGUUCUUGCAGGCUUGCAGUCCGGCCGGUGGGCGGCGGAGAUCCGCGUGCCCACCACCCGCGAGAAGCUGUGGAUCGGCACGUUCGGGAGCGACCGGCUGGCGGCGCUCGCCUACGACGCCGCCGUCUUCUGCUUCUACGGCGAGGACCUGCCCAAGACGCGCAGGUUCAACUUCCCCGUCGCGCCGCGCCCCGACGUCCCCAAGAUCCUGCGCGGCCAUCUCAGCGUUGCCAGCGUGAAGUCGAUCGCCGAGUAUCAUGCCCGCACCGUCGACGCCCUCCUCCCGCCGGUGUGCGACGCGGCCGCAGCUCUGGCGGCGGCGGCGGCCGCGGCUGGUCCUCCUGCCGGCGCUACUACUGCUUUAUACCAUGGCGCCCCGACCGCCAUGGCUGACAACAACCUCGUCGUGGCAAGUGCUGUUGAAGACGACCAAUUCUCCUUCGACCCCGACGUGAUCGCCGGUUUGAUGGGCCUUGUGCCCGGCGAGUACUGA